UACAAUAAUUCUGUUGGGAAAAAAUUGCAAAAUCGCGUUCAAGAACAAAGUUCGCCGUAAAGAGGAUCGUUUGAAUUUGCAAAUCGAAGAAGCGUUGAGUAACACGAGAAAGAAGCUUUACCGAGUAGAAAAUAUUACCACCAUAUAACAAGGAUGAUGAUCAUCUGGCUACCAGUGAUCUUGUUGCUGACGUUCAGGUCGAUUAUUCCUGUUCUUUCAAACGUUGGUAAUUGGGAAGCCUGCGGUGGAAGAUUGGAACGUGCUCUGGAUACACUUCAUAAAGAUUCUAGUAGAAGAAACAGAUUAAAAGAAGAAGAGGCUGGCAUGUUUUAUCAACAAGAACUACGUUCUGCACCUCUCGAGAUGUCAGUCUCCCGGAUUGCCGUUAAACUACCACAAGGGGCCAGAGACACUGGAAAUCCAUCGGCAAGGGUGGAAAAGUGUGUUUACGAGCCUAAUAAUAAUUCCCUUCAAACUCGAGUGAUGUUCAACGACUUGUCUGUCACUGGAUUGGUGUCAUUAAUGCCACGGGAUCAUCAACCACCGAUACCAGCAGAGUCUUGUAGAAUGACACUAAGAUUAAGACGAGCAGGAGUGGAUUUUUUGACUAGCCCAAUUGCUCGUGGCAGAGGACAAAUGCGUAUUCGAACAGAAUCUAGUUUUCUGGAGCCAAGAUUCGCCUCUAUUUACGCUUAUGGUUGUCAUCCAACGCGUUUGGAUAAACAGAUCAAGAGGCAGGAUAAAUGGCCUCCGUUCUAUCCACCUCGAGACGAGUACACAUUGUUGCCUGCAACACAUGGCGAGAACUACGAGGCAGCAGAACCAAGGCAGUUGGUGGGUGUUUCAAAGGAAGUGGAUGUUGUAAUUCCAAACGAAACUCGUCAGUCUCGUUUCCUAAGUUCACCAGUUGCAAAACUAGGUAUUUGGAGGAAAAACGUUUGGCUCACUAAGCCUUCGCCACAGGAAAAAGGAGCUCUCGUCGAGUCCAGCUUUCUGAAAGGUCCCUUGAGCAUUCUACGCUUUCCAGGAUCUUUCGAAAGUAGCCAGGAAGUCAGUGAUCGUUCCAUAAGAAUCUCAAGAUCAGUGGAGACAAUCGCCUCUCAGGGUUGUGCAAGCUCGUUGACCAGUAAGAGACCAAUAGCCAACGAAACUGGCAAUUGUACCGAAGGACAGAAGAGUUUGAAUAAUGUGACUGAGAUUUCUUUGAGGAGUUUGAACGACAGCGAGACAAAGACGAAUUUUAAAAGGGAAAACACGUAUCACGAUGCUCCAAAGGAGACCAGACAAUUGUACAUUGAUGAAACUUUGGAUAAUAUAUUUCCAACCGAUUUGGAGAAUGAUAGUAGAAGUUGGCAGUCUAAAGAACACAUUGCCAGAGAAAUGGAAGAUGUAUUUCUUCGAGGUGCUAGCCAGGCUUUGACCAGAUACAUUGAGAAACAAUUGCAUCCUGCUAUUAAGGAGACACUGAUGAUUUCUAUGGGAUACACCAUUAGUUAUGGAUAACGCACGCUUUAUUUUUCGCUUGUUAGCAACUUUUAGAUGCCUAAUUUCAGUUGUAGCACAUGGUAUAGAUAGCGAGGAAAUCCAAGUACAAUUGGAGUCACGGUUUUGACGUUGAUGUCUAGUCUUAUCUUAAUUAAAUUGGAAUUAGAGUUUAGUUAGACAGAAGGCUUUAACGAAACAAUAAGCUGAUCGAAGCUG